AUGAGCUUUACAGCUCCCAGUAAUGAACAGAUUGCUGAAGCGCUUGGUGAUCUUUCCAAAUUACCAAAUACUAUGAAAAUGGCGGUGACAAAUAGAAUUGAGGAGAGUUUCGAACCAGUACCUCAACCUGACGGUGGUGAUUGGUUGGCACAACAUAAUGAAAAAGGACAAACGAUGGAAUCAUUUCGAAAAAUGAGUUCAUCAAAGGCUAUUCCUCAUGGAACUCAUAAAACAAUCUAUAUUCAGCCAGUGGGUAGUUUUGAUCAUCCAAGGGCUCCGCCACUUGAUGUGAUUGUUGAAUUUGCUAAAAUAUUUUUUUCUGGAUGUGUAGUUGAACUAUUACCAACUGUUGAUUUUACUAAAGAUAUGAGAAAACGAGAGUUUGAUGGAAGAACACAAUAUUUAACGGGUGGUUUACAUGAUUAUCUUGUUCGUACACGUUCACAACGUGAUACAAGACGUGAACUUUUAUGUGUUGCUGUAACUAUGGCUGAUAUUUACCCUCAAGAAGAUUGGAGUUUUGUUUAUGGAGAAGCUCGAACUAAAGAGGGUGUUGGUGUAUAUUCAUUUGUACGUCUCGAUCCAUUAUUUUAUCGAGCAACAUCCGAAGAAAUUCUUCAAACGCCAUUAACUGAAGAACAUCGUGUUAUCAUGCUUCAACGUUGCAUUGACACUCUAUUACAUGAAAUUGGCCAUCUAUUUGGUUUAGAACAUUGCAUAUAUUAUGCUUGUUUGAUGAAUGGUACGAAUAAUGAAAAGGAAAUGGAUCGACAACCUUCACAUUUAUGUCCUGUUUGUUUGUGUAAACUUCAUUCAACACUUCAAUUUGAUGUUAAACAUUUAUAUGAAACAUUUGCAAAUGUAUGUGACAAAUACGGACUUGAAACAGAAUGUAGUUGGUAUCAAAAACGUCUAGCAUAUAUUCAUUAA